UAAUAAUUCAUUCCAAUUUUGGUCGAGAGCUAGCUGUUGCACUGUUUCUUUCUUUCUUUUUGUCGUCUUCUUACCACGAAGUAGUCUACGCGGUAGUCUACGUUCUUGCCUACCUCCUGGAUUGUGAAGCUCGAAAGAUGGCUGAGAAGGAGGAGAAAAAGGAGAAACCUAAGUUUCCCAAACGUGAACUUGUAAUUCCGAAAACGACAGCUGAGCUGCAGAAAUUGCAUGUCGAUGCGUUGAUGCGCGAUGUGUCCAAGCCUGCUAAAAUCCCCGAUGCGAGGAAAGAGCGUGGACCCCGUCCUCCACCUGAGUCAGUUCGCUGGGUACCAGGUUCCUCUGCUGGUGCUGGUAGCAGUGAGUUUCACAUCUAUCGCAACCUUCGAGACCAUGAGAACAAACGUCAGGAGCAUAUUGAUAAGAAAGCCAAAGAAACAGACCUAGAUACUCAAUUUCAGAGACAGCGGGAAGCGCACAUACAAGCUGCUGAAGAUAAAACUGCCAAGAAAAGAGCAAAGCGCCAACGCAAAAAGCAGCUGAAGGAGCAAGCGAAGAAAAUGAAGAAGUUGGAAGAUGGCAGCAAGGACCCACAAGAACCAAAGAGUGAUGGCGACUCUGGUGCUGAUUCAGAUGGAGACGAAGAGAGCGGCCCUAGCAUUGUAGUCGGUGGGAAAUGAUGUGACUGAGCCAUUGGAGAAGUUCCUGAAAGACACUCCCGCAUUUCCGUAUUCCAGUUUGGACCUGCCUUCUAUUGAAGUAAGGAGUGAUGUUUUGGGCAGCUUCAUUGUCGAACUGAUUCGCAGUAUCAGCUAGUACCAAAUGCAGAUGAUGUACUAGUAACAUGGUCUGGGCUUCUGACUAUUCUAUGGGCAAACAUGAGCGGCCCGGCCCGGCCUGCCUUACUGGAGAAGGGUGGAGCGCAUGCUUCGUUGUGCCGAUGUGCCUCUACCGUGACUGCGCAUUGCUGUGCAGCUUGAUUAUCAGCACUUCUUGCCGUCUCGUCUGCAGAGAAAUCUGCACAUGUUAGGACAGUGCAGUAUGUCAUGGUACUGGAGCUUCAGCUAUGUUUCCAGGCAGAUGACGUGUUUGCAAGCUAGGCGAGUUCUGUCUGUAAGUACAGUGUGUUGUAUAAUAUCGUGACUGAAUCACUGAACAUGGUAUAGUCGGAAUGCAGUGGAGCUGAACCCUGUACUGCUGUGACGUUGCAGACGGCGUCAAGCUUCACCUGUGCUUCGUAUUGCCACUGCCGUAUACUGCCGCUUGUUGAUUGCCCCCCCCCCCCCCCCACAUACAUACCCCGCACACCCACAUGUAACUAGCUCUGUGCCUUGUUCAGUAUGUUGGUAGUUACAACUCUCACCGUCUAAGGGUGAACUUAAAUUGCAGUGCUGGCGCUGCUAUUUCUCCUCCCCUAAACAGUAAACAUUGACAACACUAGCACACAUAGUCAUUGGUCCAGUGUUGCGUGAAGUGAAGAUGGCUAGUAUAGUAGUAUAGUAUAGGAUUUUUUAAAUUUUUUUAGGAAAGUCAAGCUGUCCAGAAUAACGGAUUCAUUGUUGUGCCACUGAGCAAUUUUCAGUGCUCU